UUUGUUGUUGUUGUUUUGAGUGAGCAAGCAAGUGAAGUGAAGUGCCGGGAAAAUGCACGUGGAGGAGCUGAGAGCCAGCCUGCAGAGCUUUGGAUGGCCGGAUUAUGUGGUCUUUUGCCUGAUGUUGGCCAUUUGUGCCGUGAUUGGCAUUUACUUCUGCCUGCAACUGCGUGGCGAGUCCAGGAAAAAGAAGUCCUUCGGCGAAGAGGAGGCGGCCACUAGUGCUGCCUCGUAUUUGGUGGGCGGCAGGCAGAUGAAGAUCUUUCCCAUCACCAUGUCACUGAUAUCCAGCUUUAUAUCUGGCAUCACGCUUUUGGGCACGCCCACAGAGGUGUAUCUCUAUGGAGCUCAGUACAUGUAUAUCAUGGGAUCGCUGGUUUUGAUGGGCUUUUGCAUGUACUAUUUCUUUCUGCCCGUCUUCCACGAACUCAAUUUGAUAUCAACCUAUAAGUACUUGGAGCAGCGUUAUAACAGAAGCUUAAGGCUUUUCGGCUCCGUCAUGUUCAUUGUGGCUUCGCUACUUUGGCUGCCAAUUGUGAUUUACGUGCCGGCCAUAGCUUUCAAUCAGGCCACUGGCGUUAACAUACACAUAGUGACGCCCAUUGUGUGUGUGGUGUGCAUUUUCUACACCUGCAUCGGCGGACUGAAGGCGGUGGUUUGGACGGACGUCAUCCAAACGUUGAUCAUGUUUGGCGCCAUGGCCUUGGUGCUGAUCAAGGGAACACUGGACAUUGGUGGACCUGCGGUUGUGUGGCAGCGGGCGCAGGAAACGGCGCGACUGGAAGUGCCCAACUUUAGUGGGGAUCUGAGUGAGCGGUAUACGUUCUAUUCGCUGGUUUUGGGCGGUGUAGCCCACUGGCUGAAGUCGAAUGCCAUUAGUCAGAAUAUGAUACAGCGUUAUUUAUCGCUGCCCACGCUGCGAGAUGCACGCAUUGCCAUUUGGACAUUUAUCGCUGGUGUUUUGGCCUUCCUGAUGAUCUGCGGCUAUACGGGUCUCCUCAUCUAUGCCACGUACUCGCAGUGCGAUCCUUUGGAAACGAAGCUGGCCCAGCGAAAUGAUCAACUUCUGCCGCUGCUGGUCAUGGAAACUUUGGGCUCAUAUCCGGGUUUGCCGGGUGUAUUUGUGGCCGGUGUUUUCAGUGCCGCAUUGUCAUCGCUAUCAACGGGCUUGAACUCUCUAUCCGCCGUCGUGCUGGAGGAUUUCGUGAAGACCUUUAGAAAGCGUCCACUGACCGAAGGACAAACCGCCUUUGUGAUGCGCAGCGUGGUCGUUGUGUUUGGCAUUAUAUUCGUGGCACUUGUGUUUGCCGUUGAGAAAUUGGGCGCCGUCUUGCAGCUGACCAUUACGCUUUCGUCGGUGGCGAAUGGUCCACUUUUGGGCAUCUUUACCGCCGGUGUUAUGUUGCCAUGGGUUAAUUCCAAGGGCGCCCUGCUCGGUGGCUUCAGUUCGCUCAUCGUCAUGGCCUGGAUGUGUGUCAGUGCGCAGCGGGAUCUGGUCACUGGGGAUCUCGUUUAUAAGAGGAAGCCAUAUUCGACGAUGGGCUGCAAUUACACAUUCGCCGGCGAGCCACGCGAGUUCGCCAGCCUGCCACUAGAUGGCGCCAUCAGUUCCAGUACCAGUGCGCCUUUCCAGCUGUAUCGAAUAUCGUAUUUGUAUUUCACGCUCUUUGGCGCUUUGGUGACGAUUCUAGUGGCACUGGCCACGAGUCUGCUGCUCCGGGAAACGGACUUGGAUGCAGUGGAUACACGUCUGCUCACUCCAUUCGUGAGGCGCUGGCUGGAGCGACGUCGUCAUCGCCGAUCGCAGAUACCAGAUCCGGGUCGAAAGUCCAGCCACAAACAGGAGACGAAGACGUGAAGGGAAUUUCUAUGGCGAAUCAAGGAGAUGGUUCAAUGGAGAAUGGAGUUUGGUGCUGACCGGCAACAUUGUGGCAAAGUUCCUUUCGGUAGCUUAGCAAAUAUUUAAAA